GACUCGGAGUGAUACAGGAAAAAUGCAUGACGUAUGACGACCAUAUCAUUCACGCCCACAUAACUCAUGUCCGGGCUUCGCGCGUUUACAUGUCUCUUGUGCCAGUGAUUGACAGUUUGGCGUGGGUGUCAUCAGCUGUACUGGAUGACGAACCUCAUCUGCUUAGCAUGGAUGAUGAACCCCAGCAACGUUAACGGGGAGAACGUUAUAAAAUGACGUUACCAGCCACUGCAACUUUUAAUCGUUGCCUCUUUCUUGCGCAGAUCACUUGUCGUCGACGUAUAGCGAGGGAGUGCGAAAGUAACAGCGAGAGCAGUUGCGUGAGUUGCGUGGUAGUUUUAGCGGCUUCGUAUUUUCUCUUCACCAAAAACUCGAUAGCUUAAUGCCCGUAGUGAAGGUAGUGAAAAAUUAAGCCCAGCAGCAUCUUCAAGAAAACAACAACAUCAAACGCCGAGAGAACCGAGAGAGGUCUGAAGGAUGAAUUUUUCAAACGCAUCCUUCACGACGAACGCGUCCGCUCCGGUGGACUCUACGGCGACAUCGGCUGCGGUCCCGGGGGUCAUCAUCACCGUAGCUGUUCUGGGAAUUGUCGGUAAUCUCCUGGUUCUCUCCGUGACAGCCAGAAGACAGACGUUCCCCUCCGCCGCUCGACUCUUCGUCGCCUCCAUGGCCUGGUCGGACCUGAUCCAUGGCUUGACCUUACCGUCCAUGGUGGCGCCUGCCGAGGCCGGGGAGUGGGUCUACUCGGACAGAGCUGCAAAGGCCACCGCAGCCAUAGGAGUGUCCUGCUUGCAGCUUAGCGCUUUCGCUCUAGCAGGUCUGACCCUGGACCGGCACUACGCUCUGAGGAACGACGGAGUUGGCAUCUCUCGCAAGAAGGCCCGGAUCUUCCUCAUCUCAGCUUGGGUUGGGAUAUACGCCUGGUAUAUUUCCUGCACAGUCUAUGGGGUUCCCGUGUAUUACGAUACAGGCAUGGCCGUGACAGCAUAUGAUAUAAAGGCCCACAUGUGGUUUACCAUUGUUGUGUUCGGGGCUGUAUGCACCCCCCUUGUCAUCACUAUGUAUUGUGUUGUCCGGAUCUUAGUAGCCCUGUGUACUCAGCACGAGCCGCCGGCUGCUCAGGUUAUUGUCAUCAGCGUGAAUGGGCCCGGGGGUCCACCUCAGAACCUCAAUCCCCAGCAACAACCCCAAAACAACCCCCAGCAACAACCUCAAAACAACCCCCAGCAACAACCCCAAAAUCCCAACAGCGAUCGUUCGUACGCGAAGGUAGUACUGGUCCUAACCUUAGUGCAGGUUAUACUGCAACUUCCAUCUAUCUGUGCUUUCAUUGCAAGUCAGAUGGGUUAUGAUCUGCCAACCUUCCUGUUUUGGUCAUAUUGGUUAGCUUUGUGCAACAUCUUUCUGGAUGUUUUCGUGUACAGUGUGUUCCACAAGUCCUUCCGCAGAGUUGUAAAGGAGAUAGCGACCUCCGUCGCCUCCUAUUUGUACGACAAGUGCUGUCCAAAAAAUCGUGUUGAUAAUGACGACCAACAGAACAUACAAAUGAGUUCCCUGUAAUAUGGUCCAGUACACAGUGCAGUACAGUGCAAUACUGGGCGAGUCUACUGGCACAAAAGUGAUCUUACUUAAUUCAGAUUUAUAAUGUAAUGUAGGCGUUUAGUUGUAUAUAUGCUGUAUCUCCACCGACUUUGUAUCAAUUGCUACAAUGUAUCAUUGUAUGGUUAAAGUAAGAAAAAAGUUUGUGCACAUGCUUAGUUUUAUUAAGUUUCAUGUCAAUCCACAAGAGCCUAGAGUGUACAGUAUUAACUUUUAACAGUGACUAAUUACUGUAUAGAUGUAUAGAUGGACCAUUGAAUGUUUGCAUACUGAAGAAUGGGAACCAGAUAACGAUGCAGGUGAUCCUAAUUAAUGUUUGGUAUUCAUAAAGACAAAUCUUUUGAAUAAAAAAAUGGUGU